UAAAAAGUAGGACAAUGUUUACGAGUGACUUACUGACAGCAACUACAAUUCGCAGUAGCAGGUGUGCUAAUCUGAAAACUAAUUUUCAGUUAGCAGUAUCACAAAUAGCCUACGUCACCCAAGCAAGUUCAACACUUCAUGUGGAUCAAAUACAAACCCACUCCUUUAUGAACAAUCCAGUAUAAUCCCGCCUUUUAGAUGCUGUUUGAGGGCUCUAGUUCAUGAAUAAUCUCGCAUAACCCCACCCACUCCGCCCAUUUCGCGAGGUCUCGUUCAUGAAUAAUCCUAUAUAACCCACCAGGUGGAAAUAACUAGCCCUUAUGUAUGAAUACUGCAACAUAACCACGCCCCUUUUAUGAACAUCCGUUGUAGUUCUUCCUGUAUACACUCAUUUAUGAAUAUUUCAAUUAAUAAUCUAUCGUAACCCUGCCCUCCUAAUAAAUAAUCCAAUAUAAUACAGCACAACACAGGAAUUACCAAUUAUAACCUCGCCCUUUAUGUAAUAGUCGUUCAUUAAUAAUCUAUUUUAGCCUCAGGUGAUUGCUUACAAAUAAUCCCACACACACCAGUGUCCAGCAUAACACCUCAGGUGCCCUAAAUCAAGAAAAAUCAAUAAUAGUCCUGCCCCUGGUCAUGAAUAGUCCAAAAUAACCCCACCUGCGUUCAGAAUUUUCCACCAUAAUCCCAAAUUUUACCUGCUUUCGUGAAGAAUCCCCACCCAUUACACGCUACUGAGGAGCCCUGCCCCACAAAUAAUCCAGUAUUGCCCCGCCCACCAGACGCAGCCUUGCUCAUGAAUGAUCCAUAUAAACCCCGCCCUCCUUCAUGAAUAAUCAACCGUGGCUCCGCCCCUCAGACUCUGCUGGAGAGCCUCUGCCGUAUUCACGCUGGUCUGUCCCCCGAUUGAUGAGCGGGUUUGGCGUCGAGGCAUCGGGACUGACCUUCUUGUUUUGUUUUGCUAAUUCAGUGCGGCUGUAUUUCUGAACACAAACACAGCGUCCUGCACUCCAGCAUCAACAUAUCGGGAAUUACGGUGUCGUCCAGCUCCGGUGGACGGGAGAAAGGAGCGAAGAGGGACGGGAGAAAGAGGCAGAGGGGUUUGCACUUGGCUGAGGUGCUUUGCCGUCCCAGCUGUUCGUCUGCACGACUGCGGGUUUGACUGGAGAGACUAGAGAGCGACCGACAGGAGGAGGGAGCCUGAAAGAGAGCUAUCCAGGGUGAAGUGUUUAGGAGAUGGGAGUUGGGCUUCUGGCCACAAGUGAAAGGUUCCACGCACUACCGCCUACUGCUGUGUCCUGUUCUCUCCUGAGACCCCCUGCUCGUCACUCAUGAGAACAGGGAAGAGAGCAGGAGGGAGCGAGAGAGAGGCAGAGAGAGAGGGAUGGGGGCCUCAGGUGGGGGUCUUGUGGAGCUGAUGGUGUUCCACAGGCUGCUGCAGUUGUUUGGAAGAAGCCACAGAUUUCUCUAUAGUGUGCAGACAGAGCAGCCAUGUUCAGGAACAGCUUGAAGGCGCUGCUGAGCGGUGGCAAAUCCAACCGCAAAAACCGCAACAGUGGUGGCGGCUCAGCGGAUGGCGAGUGUGUGUUUGAAGGAGAUUACGCUGUGCCUCCUCUGCCGGUGACCGAGGGCAUGCAGCACAUUCGCAUCAUGGAGGGAGUGUCACGCUCUCUGCCUUCAUCACCACUGCUCUCCCACCAGGCCAUCAACAUGAGGCUACAGCCACUCAAGAGACUACCAGGGGAGAACAGUCAGGAGUUGGGUCCCCCUCCAUCAGCAGACGAGGCAGCAAACACCCUGAUGACGCGGCUGGGCUUCCUGCUCGGGGACAAAGUGGGCGAGGACUCUGACAGAGCCCCGUACAGCAUGGAGGAGCAGGACGAUAGUCAGGCCAUCUCUAUGACCCAGAGGAUCAGUCCAUGCUCCAGUCUGGCCAGCAGCUCUGCGUCGCCCCCUCCUGGCAGCCCCUGCUCCACACUGCCCCCUGGAGCCCCAGGCAGUGCGGGCGCUUACGGCUCCAUCACCAGCCCCACGUCCACACUGGAGAGCAGAGACAGUGGCAUCAUCGCCACCCUUACCAGUUACUCGGAGAAUGCGGAUCGCAGCGGUAAACAUGGCGAGAGUUCACGAGGCAGCCUCAAACUAUGGCAGACUCAAAAAACGGCAGGAGCUGACUCCUUCCUUUACCGCGUGGAUGAAAACAUGGCUGCCUCCACAUACAGCCUCAACAAAAUCCCAGAGAGAAGUCUGGAACACUCUGCCUCCCACUCCGCUCACUCCAUCCCCCUCUACCUCAUGCCCCGCCCCAAUUCUGUGGCUGCCACCAGUUCUGCUCACCUGGAGGAUCUGGCAUAUCUGGAUGAACAGAGACAGGCCCCACUGCGCACUUCUCUGCGAAUGCCCCGUCAGAACUCAGGGGCAGGCCGCUCCGGGCAGGACCUGAGAGUACGCUUUGCCCCGUACCGCCCGCCGGACAUCGCCCUGAAGCCCUUGCUGUUUGAGGUGCCCAGUCUGACGCCCGACUCUGUCUUCACGGGGCGUGAAUGGCUGUUUCAAGAAGUGGAUGCCCAUCUCCGUGGCAGUGAGCCCACCAAUCAAGGCGUUGUCAUCGUGGGCAACGUGGGUUUCGGCAAGACGGCCAUCAUUUCCCGCCUGGUGGCGCUCAGCUGCCACGGCAACCGUAUGAGACAGAUCGCCUCGGAAAGCCCGCAUUCCUCACCCAAACAUGGUGACACUCUGCCCCUCAGUCAGCCACAGUCAGCUCAUGGUACACUUGUAGGGGGCAGCAGUUGCCCCGGUACUCCAGAGAUGAGGAGACGCCAGGAGGAGGCGCUCAGAAGACUGGCCUCUCAAGUGGUGGCAUAUCACUACUGCCAGGCAGAUAAUGCCUAUACAUGUCUGGUGCCAGAGUUUGUUCACAAUGUUGCAGCGCUACUGUGCAGAGCUCCUCAGCUGCAAGCCUAUCGCGAACUGCUGCUGCGCCAGCCCCACCUGCAGAGCCUGCUCAGCCUGCGCUCCUGCGUCCAGGAGCCCAUGACAGCUUUUCGCAAAGGCCUGUUAGAACCUCUACACUUACUUAACAGAGAGAGGAAGGUGGCAUGUGAUGAGGAUCUUAUCAUUUUGAUUGACGGGCUGAACGAGGCGGAGUUCCAUAAGCCCGAUUAUGGAGACACCAUUGUUUCCUUUCUGUGUAAAACCAUUGAGCGUUUCCCACCCUGGCUCAAACUGGUGGUGACCGUCAGGACGUCCCUACAGGAUGUGACCCGCCCAUUGCCAUUCCACCGGAUCUCUCUGGACCGGCUGGAGGAGAGUGAUGCCAUAGAUUCAGACCUGCAAGGUUACAUUCUGCACCGGCUACACUCCAGCCAGGAGAUCCAAAACAAUGUGGCCCUGAACGGCAAGUUGGACAAUGCCGCUUUUGCCAAGCUCAGUGCCCACCUGAAGGGCCUGAGCCGCGGCUCCUACCUCUACCUGAAGCUCACACUGGACCUCAUCGAGAAGGGCUACCUGGUACUCAAGAGCUCCAGCUACAAGGUGGUGCCGGUGAGCCUGGCGGAGGUGUACCUGCUGCAGCUGAAUAUGCGUUUCCCUACGCAGUCGUCGUUCGAGCGGGCUCUGCCUCUGCUGAAUGUGGCUGUGGCUUCGCUCCACCCGCUGACGGACGAGCAGGCGUUCGGGGCGGUGAACGCUGGGGCGGUACGGGGCGCUGCGCUUGACUGGGACGACUUCCAGCAGCGUGCAGAGCACCUCUCACCAUUUCUCGUGAAAAGGCGGGACGGCACACGCAUGUUCGUACAUCCAUCCUUCAGAGAGUGGCUGAUCUGGAGGGAAGAUGGAGAGAAGACCAAAUUCCUUUGUGACCCCAGGAGUGGCCACACACUGCUGGCCUUCUGGUUCUCCCGGCAAGAGGGCAAGCUCAACCGACAGCAGACCAUCGAGCUGGGUCACCACAUCCUCAAAGCACACAUCUUCAAGGGUCUGAGUAAAAAAGUCGGGGUUUCAUCAUCCGUGCUGCAGGGGCUGUGGGUUUCGUACAGUACAGAAGGUCUGUCUGCUGCUCUUGCCUCCCUGCGCAACCUCUACACCCCCAACAUCAAGGUCUCUCGUCUGUUGAUUUUGGGGGGUGCUAAUGUGAACUACCGUACAGAGGUGCUGAAUAACGCUCCGGUACUUUGUGUACACGCCCACCUGGGUUACCUGGAGAUGGUCGCCCUGCUGCUGGAGUUCGGGGCAGACGUCAAUGGCGCAUCAGAAAGCGGUCUUACUCCGCUGGGCUAUGCUGCUGCUGCCGGCCAUCUGCCUAUUGUCACUGCCCUCUGUGCCAAGAAAGCCACGGUGGAUCAUGUGGACAGGAAUGGGCAGUGUGCUCUGGUUCACGCAGCCCUGCGAGGCCACCUAGAGGUGGUGAAAUAUCUGGUGCAGUGCGACUGGAGCUCAGACGAGCAGGAGUCCUCAACCUUCAGCAAGAGCCAUGCAGUCCAACAGGCCCUGAUAGCUGCAGCUAGCAUGGGUUAUACUGAGAUUGCAUCAUACCUACUGGACCUCCCAGAGAAAGAUGAGGAAGAGGAGGAGCGUGCGCAGAUCAACAGCUUUGACACACUGUGGGGCGAAACAGCUCUAACAGCAGCAGCUGGUAGGGGGAAGUUGGAUGUGUGUAGGUUGUUGUUGGAGCAGGGGGCCGCCGUGUCUCAGCCCAACCGCCACGGCAUCGUCCCUCUGUUCAGCGCUGUCCGCCAGGGACACUGGCAGAUUGUGGAACUCUUGCAGAAUCACGGGGCGGACGUGAACAUGGCGGAUAAACAGGGUCGGACUCCUCUCAUGGUGGCCGCUUCUGAGGGUCAUCUGGCCACAGCAGAGUUCCUUCUUGGACAAGGUGCCUCAUUGGCUCUAAUGGACAAGGAAGGUCUUACUGCUCUCAGCUGGGCAUGUCUGAAAGGCCACCUCCCACUGGUGCGUGCGCUGGUGGAGAGGGGUGCAGCCACCGCUCAUGCAGACAAGAGUGGGCGCACCCCACUAGACCUUGCUGCCUUCUAUGGAGACUCAGAAGUGGUGCAGUUUUUGGUGGAUCAUGGUGCGAUGAUUGAGCAUGUGGACUACAGCGGCAUGCGGCCUCUGGACCGUGCGGUGGGCUGCAGAAACACAUCGGUAGUAGUGGCACUGCUGAAGAAGGGGGCCAAGAUAGGUCCAGCGACGUGGGCAAUGGCCACCUCCAAGCCGGACAUCAUGAUCGUCCUCCUGAGCAAACUGAUCGAGGAAGGAGACGGAUUCUACAAGAAAGGGAAGGUGAAAGAGGCCGCUCAGCGCUAUCAGUAUGCCCUGAAGAAAUUCCCCCGAGAGGGCUUCACGGAGGACCUUAAAACCUUCAGAGAGCUCAAGGUCUCCCUGCUGCUCAACCUGUCCCGCUGCCGCAGGAAAAUGAACGACUUUGGCAUGGCGGAGGAGUUUGCCUCCAGGGCUCUAGAGUUGAAACCCAAAUCCUAUGAGGCCUAUUACGCACGAGCCCGCGCCAAGCGCAGCAGCAGGCAAUUCCACGCAGCCCUGGAGGACCUGAGUGAAGCCAUGCGCCUCUGCCCCAACAACCGAGAGAUCCAGCGCCUGCUGCAACGCGUUGAGGAAGAGUGUCGCCAGGUUGUUCAGCAACAGGAGCUGGAUCCGCCCCCUUCUCCUCCUCCCCAUGACAGAGACCCGCCAGUGGCCCCACCUCCCCCGCUGGAGCCCCGCCUCUCAGACAUGGAGCCCGUGCAGGACCUGUUUGAAGAGGACGAGGAUUACCUGGAGCGGGAUAUGGAUGGUCUUCCACUAGGCGUCACUGCUGAGCCUCGUUCUAGUCCAUCAGGCUUGCCUGUGAUUCAGAACAUCAUGCCUCCAUCCCCCAGCCACCGGGACUCCCCCUACCUCUCUGGAGGCCCCUCAAUGGGCCAGGCCUUUGACCUCCGCCCCACUCCACCCUCUAUGUCCUCCCCAACCCGCCAGGGCUAUCAAUCCACCUCUCCUUCCCUGUCUCCCACCCACCAAAGCUCUCAUUAUCGUCCAAGCCCACCUCAUACAUCCCCGGCACAUCAACCCUCUUCCUCCUCCUCCUCUUCCUCCUACCACUUCAGCCCUCCUCCUUCUCCUUUACGCCGGGCCGGGCCACAGUACCGCUCCAGCCCUACCUCCACCUCUGAGAACAUGGGCCUGUACCGGCCUCAGUCAGCCUCCGCUGCCUCGUCGGGCCGCUACCAGCAAGAUCAGCAGCUUUCGGGUCGUCCCAAGUCCCCUCUCUCCAAAAUGAGCAGCCAGCGCUCUUUUCAGGCUGCUCAGCUUCCUCCUCAGCAGCAGCAGCAGGGCCAGUGGCUGCAGCCAGCCAAGGCCCAGAUUGUCCGCACCAACCAGCCAAGCGCUUCUGUCCACUCUAGCGCUGUGCUGGGCAGUGGUGCUUACAGCCAGAUGGCCCAUUCUAUGAGCGCACGUUGCCCUGGAGACAUGGACGAGCUUGGGGAAGUUGGUGGCUAUCCUGCUUCGUUGCAGGGGGCGCUAUAUCCGCGGGCACUCAGCAUGGAUCCCAACACAAUGGAAGAAGAGCUUCCUCAAAGGCCAUCAUCUGCGUACCGACCCAGUGCUCCAGGGCUGCGCUAUGGCCAGACGCCCCAGAUCAGUCGCAGCCAAUCUGCUGCCUAUUACCCCAUCUCGCCCCAUGAAAUUGAGAGGCAGGCGCAGCUGGGGUCACCGGAAAACCCUCAUGCCCUGAGACGCCCGGUUAGCGCCACCAAUGCUGAACCCAGACCGCACCUGCCCACUCCUCGCCCAUUGAUCCACUCACAAAGUGUGGGCCUGCGCUUCUCACCCUCCAGCAGCAGCCUGGGCCUGGCCGUUGGUUCUGCAGCUAAUCUAGGACCAGGCUUCAGGCCUUCAGCAUCAGCGCAGCAAAUGGAGAUUCCACUGAAGCUGGCCUACGAGGGUGGCUACUGCGAUGCCCCAUCACCCGUUUCCCCACCCAGUAUGGUGGCGGGAGGCACAUACCCAGGUGAAAGUUUGCGAUCACGGGCUACGCCCUUCAUGGGCAUCAUAGACAAGACGGCACGAACUCAACAGUACAUGCAGCAGCAGCCUUCAUCGCUGGCCCCUUCCUCUUCAUCCUCCCGUGCUUGGGCUGUCUCGUCCCUAGACACAGUGGUCAGCAGUCCGGCCACAUCACCUGGCAACACAGGCUAUGGGCAGCAGUCCCUUGGCCACAUUGCCUAUUACAACCGCACCAACAACGCCCACAAUGGGCACCUGGCCGAGGAUGACUACUAUGUGGGUCGGGACAGGGCCGACAACAUGGGACGGGUCAGCCAGGCGCCCACCUACCCAGACGUUAAAGUGGCCCGGACGCUGCCGGUGGCCCAGGCCUACCAGGACAGCGAGUAUAGGCAGGUGGGCCGUGGCGACCGCCAAGGUCCAACCUCUCCCAUCAAACCAAAGAGGCCCUUUGUCGAGUCAAAUGUGUGAGACCGCCUGGGACAGCGUGUUAAUGUAUACUAGGACAUGAAUGAAGAACCUAAAAACAUAAGCACUAUUGGAGCUGGAAUAGUUUUAGCAGAGGAGGCUGUGGGGGAUUUGACUGGUUGAUUGGUACAGGACAUAGUAUCUGUGUCAUUUCUUCAAAUUCUCACAGAUAGUCUGGACUGAACGUCAUGGAUUUUGUUGGUAAUCACUUAAGUUACACAAACACCUCAGGUAAAACUAAUCCAGCUCCACUGGAACUAUAGGCACACAUACAAAGCCUAUUGUUGUUUUCCCCUUCCUCUGGUGUAAACAUAGCCUAAAGCUAAAUAUAUUGACCUUCUGAGUGUGUGAAGGGAGGUAAACGGCAGUGCUGUAAAAGCAUCUGUUCUGGACAUAACACAGCAAGUGAUUGGGACAUGCAGGACGCCUCAGGUGCCUCGGUUGGACCAGAUGGCUGUAACUGCUGCACACCAACUAAAGAUGAACAGAUACCAGUACCUGUAUCAAUAAGACAGAUGUGAGCAGUCUUUGGUGGACAAGAGUGACUGUUAUAAAGCACGACGCUUCCAUAUGCAGGACUACAGAGCGAUUAAAGCAAAAAAUUGCAUUGGUGUAAGUAUCAGAAAAUUUGAGUCUGUGUUAGCAGUGAAAUAAAAUAGUAUGGGUGCAUUCCUAGCACCAAAUUAAUGCUCUCUGAACCUCCUUUGGUGGGCUAGAGUCUCAACAGCUUGCCAUUGCUCUGAAAGUGCUGUUGCAGGGCCUGGAUCUCACUAAAGCCACUUUUCCACAGCACGGUACCAACUCGACUCUACUAUACUUGCUAUUUUUGGUUUUCCACUAGGCAAAUCUCAUACCUGGUACCAGGUAUUAUUUUUGGUACCACCUCCGUCGAGGUUCCAAGCGAGCU